AUUCCGGCAUAUCCAACAACAACAACCGCUUUUGCUUAGGCUACUUCCAGUUCCUACUUCCUUAAAUUAUGUUCACUCCGUUUGGUUCUCCUUGGAGUCUAAGGCAACAAAUUUUCUUGUGUUGUGGAUUUUAGAAACGGAAAGGUACUCUUGAGAAAACCGUACUUCGAAACUCAGCUCCGAAGAUCUAUCGAAGCUUCCAUCCAGAAAUCGUUUAGUCACUCAUUAAGAAUGUACUCUUCGGGAAGUUCUUCAUAUGGAUACCAAACAUCAAGUUCCAACGGGCCCAAUCCGGCGCCGACUGGACCCCAAGAAGAAGACUUGAUCAAAUGGUUUCAAGCUGUAGAUCAAGAUAAGUCUGGAAAAAUCUCUUCAAACGAACUUAGACAAGCGUUGGUCGUCGGCAAUGGAUCUCAUUUCAGUAUUGAAGCUUGUGAAUUACUUGUCAAAAUGUUUAGCUCUGAAAAUUCCAGAAUGAUUGAUGUGGAAGGAUUCAAACAGCUUUUUCAUUAUGUAAAUCAAUGGAAAACCUCUUUUCACAUGUUUGACAGAGAUCAUUCUGGUGCAAUAGAUGAAAAAGAACUUGGACAAGCCCUAGUUCAGAUGGGUUAUAGGUUAUCAGACAAAUCAGUUACAGCACUUCUCAAUAAGUUUACUAGCAAACCAGCAGGUCAAAUUACUUUUGACAAUUUUAUUUUGGCGUGUGUCCAAUUGCAUCAGCUGACGGAUGUUUUUCGACGCCACGAUACGCAGCAUACCGGCACGAUAACCAUCGCGUACGAGGAUUUCAUCCAAGCAGUUGUUGAAAGCAUUUGAUUCAAUAUUUGAUAUUAUAUUGUGUGUCAAUUAAUAUUGUAGGCACGAAACGUCUAUUACGUCUGUGAUAGAAUUAUGAAAUUCUUUUUCAAUAAAUUUUCAAAAGAUUUUA